AUGUUUAACCCACACGUGUUAGAUUCUCCAGCUGUGAUUUUUGACAAUGGGUCCGGGCUCUGUAAGGCAGGCCUGUCUGGAGAGAUUGGCCCCCGCCAUGUCGUCCACUCCAUCGUGGGGCACCCCAAGUUCAAGAUGCCUUCUGCGGGGGCCAAUCAGAAGAAGUACUUUGUGGGGGAAGAGGCCCUGCACAGGAACGAGGUUUUACACCUGCACUACCCCAUCGAGCGAGGCCUGAUCACAGGCUGGGACGACAUGGAGAAACUCUGGAAGCAUCUCUUCGAGUGGGAGCUGGGGGUCAAAGCCAGCGACCGGCCGGUGCUCAUGACGGAGCGCUCGCUGAACCCCAGGGAGACCCGGGAGAAGACGGCCGAGGUGAUGUUUGAGAGCUUCAACGUGCCCGCCUUCUACCUGUCGGACCAGGCCGUGCUGGCCCUCUACGCCUCGGCCUGCAUCACGGGCCUGGUGGUGGACAGCGGGGACGGGGCCACCUGCACCGUCCCCAUCUUCGAGGGCUACUCCCUGCCCCACGCCAUCACCAAGCUCUACGUGGCGGGGAGAGACAUCACGGAGCACCUCACCCGGCUGCUGCUGGCCAGCGGGAGGACCUUCCCCUGCGUGCUGGACAAAGCCCUGGUGGACGACAUCAAGGAGAAGCUCUGCUAUAUGGCCCUGGAGCCAGAGAAGGAGCUGUCGCGGAGGCCGGAGGAGGUGCUCAGGGAGUACAAGCUGCCCGAUGGCAGCAUCAUCCGUAUCGGGGACCAGCUGUACCAGGCGCCCGAGGCCCUGUUCUCGCCCGAGCAGCUGGGCAUCCAAAACCCGGGCCUCUCCAAGAUGGUCUCCUGCAGCAUCACCAAGUGUGACGCCGACAUCCAGAAGAUGCUCUACGGGGAGAUUGUGCUGUCCGGGGGCACCACGCUCUUCCAGGGGCUGGAUGACCGUCUUCUGAGGGAGCUGGAGCAGGUGGCUUCCAAAGGGACCCUCAUCAAGAUCACAGCGCCGCCCGACCGCUGCUUCUCCACGUGGAUUGGCGCCUCCAUCGUCACCUCCCUGAGCAGCUUCAAGCAGAUGUGGGUCACCUCUGCGGACUUCAAGGAGUUUGGGACAUCCGUGGUUCAGAGAAGGUGCUUCUGA